AUGGCUUGUGACGAUAUUGAGAUUGGCAACCUUUUUGAUCAAGAGGCUGUUGCUGCUGCUGAUGCUUCAAUUACUUCUGCUUCUAAGUCGGUUGUGACUGUUGUUAACGAACCGAUGUCUAUUCCUUAUGGUACUAUUCCAGAACCUGCUUAUGAUGCAGUCACUUAUGAGAAGUGGGUUAUGGAGAAUGCUAUUGUGAGAGGUUGUCUUAUCAUUGCCAUGGAACCGAGUGUGAUGAAUAUGUUUAUUCGUCUUCCUACAGCCAAAAAUAUUUGGGAGGCCGCGUCUCAGAUAUAUUAUGAAGGUGUUGACAGAUUGAUUAUCGAUGAUUUAUCUCGCAAAGCUAUGGAGACUAAGCAGACAGAAAGACCAGUUGCGUCCUAUUUUUCGGAUUUGAAAGCUAUCUGGCAGGAGCUUGAUUACCCCAGGCCAAUUACUUUUACCCAGGAUGACGUGAUUAAGGUUCACCAGAAGGAGAUUGAUGAGGAAUCCUUUUCCACUAUGAGGAGUGAGGAGCAAUGCUGCAAUACCAUGCUUAAUCCAAGCAGUGCUUCCAGUGUGGCUAUGGCUAUCAAGAAACAUGGGAAUCAGUCGGCUUGUGAGGGUCGUGACAACUGCUCUAGCCGAAAGGAGGGAAAAGGCGUCGUUUAUACCGCUGAACCGAUACCUCUUGUUGUCGCCAUAUCCUUUGUGAUGUCCGUUACCUCUACUCCUUAUGGGGUAGAUACUGCCUUUCUCCAACAAUCAGGUAAUAUUGGUCUAGCUCUUCUUGCUACUGAUUCUCAAAAGGACCAUGGUUGGAUUCUUGAUUCUAGAGCUACUGAUCAUAUGAUGUUUGAUGCAUCUCUCCUUCACCAUCAUCGUUCUCCUGCUUGUUCUACUAUUGCUAAUGCCAAUUGUGUGCCCUCUCCAGUCACUAGUGCUAGAAGUGUUGAUUGA